UGCACUCUGAGUGACAGGAUCUUCUCGGCUGACAGUUUGAUGGACAGAUCAAUGUGUGGGAUUCAUUCCAAGUAGCUGUGCAGCUAUGGGAACUCUGCAGUUAUGUUAGAUAGCACAUUAUUAUUCAGUCAUUUGCUUCCCACUUACAUCAAAACGUUUCUGAGUCUGGAGCGAUGGAGUCUGGAGCGGGACGAGGCGAUGGGAUCCACCGGGCGCUUUGGAGACCGAGGAUGUGUGUGUAAAAGUGGACCGACUGGGGCCAAUCAUGGAGCCUGAGCUGAACUGCAGCUCCCACUGUGAUUCCCCACUUUGCUUCAUCCACUCAGGAGUCGACAGGCAGGAGGGUCUCGACAUUCUGCAGAGACUAUGCUUCCUCAGCACGAUGGCAGUGGAGCUGCCGAGGCGGUCCCUCUCCCCGGUGCUGAGUGCUGUGGUGUGGACACUGCUGUCCUGUGGCAUCCUGCUGGCUCUCUGCUUCCUCUUCUUCACCCUGCGCUUCAAAAACAACAGAAUAGUGAAGAUGUCCAGUCCAAAUCUGAAUGUCCUGACUCUCUUUGGAAGCCUCCUCACUUAUAGCAGUGGCUUCCUAUUUGCCGUUGAUGAACAAACACACUCACAAGGUGGCCCAUCCACAGCUGUGCUACAGGCUCGAAUGUGGACUCUUUGUGUCGGCAGUACCCUGGUGUUUGGCCCGAUUUUGGGGAAGACAUGGAGACUGUACAGAGUGUUCACCCAGCGGGUGCCUGACAAGAGAGUGAUCAUCCGAGACAUCCAGCUGAUGGGCAUGGUGGCUUUGUUGAUCCUGGUGGACAUGCUGGCUCUCACCACCUGGAACCUCACAGACCCCAUCAGGUGUUCACGAUCUGUCAGAGCUGUCGUCAAGGUGGUGGAGAGAGACAUUUCCUACUCUUUGUCUCGUCUGGACUCUUGUUCUUCUGUAUACUCAGAUCUGUGGGCUAUCAUUAUUGCAGUUCAAAAGAGUUCUCUUCUCCUCUAUGGCACUUACCUGGCUGGGUUGACCAGCAACGUCAGCCACCCCCCAGUCAACCAGUCUCCCACCAUCAUAACAGCCGUUACUUUGGUCACCCUCUCCUCAGCUGUGGUCGUCCCCGUGUCCGUCUUCCUGCAGGCCUGGCCCAACCUGGUCUACAGCGCUGUGGCUGGAGCCAUCUUCAUCUGCACACUGGCUACUAACUGCAUGCUGUUUGUGCCUCAGUUGACCCAGUGGCGGCAAUUUGAAGAGGAUCAGAACAACCCGGGUCAGAUGGCCAAGUACUUCAGCAGCCCCAGUAAGAGCCAAGCGUCUGUGUACAGUCAGGAUGAGAUCUACUACCUACUGGGCGAGAACACCUCCAUGAAAAAACUCCUUAGUGAGAAAAACGCUGUGAUUGACAGUCUGCAGGAGCAGGUGAAUAACGCCAAGGAUAAACUCCUGCGACUCAUGUCAGCCAGCCAGCCCUGCAAUGACCAGGACAUGGAUUCCUCUGCCACCAACCUCAACUCCUCCUCCACUCAGACCACAGCGCUUCAGUCAGACGGCCCCUCUUCUUCUUCUCUACCUCAGAGAGACACUAAAUCUCAACUCUCACCCCCUCACCUCACUGCUGCUGCCGUUGCACCAUCUUCAGAGCUUCCCGCUGCUCCAAACACCUCAAACCCCAUUAGUGCUUCCUCCCCUGUCGCUGAUGAAAAUGAAAAGAGUGUCUCUAUCUCUGGCUCUAUAGACAAAGAAACAGCUGAAUCCAGAACAGAUGAGGACCUCAAACAGCCUGUGUCCCUCCCGUCCUCUGGAUUACUCAGGACGGCAGAGGAGACUGUUAACUUUGUCACUUCCCUACAAUGCCGUAGAAAACCCUUUCAGGUUGAAACCUUUGGCAGUCGCAGUGGCCUAACAUCUCCGCUGAGAGCAAAUGCCAGACCGACUGGUUUUGUCAGCAGCGAGCAGUUGCAGGAGAUCCUCCAGGAGCUGAGCUUGGAUGCAGUCAUGGAAAGUGCACUUCGAUCUCCGGGUCAGACCGCCAGGAUGCCCUCCGCAUUCUCCCCUCUCUCCCCUCUCUCCCUGCGGAUGCCACGCUCCGCUUAUCCACCCGUUCUCUUCCGUUACCCGAGCAUUUCGCCCUACGCAAUGAGGAAACGACGGCCGCCCUUCAACUCAUCAAGAAGAGGUUUGACUCCCUGCGUCUACACAGGCUGUGGGAAGAUAAUGGAAAACUGUGAACACCAAAAUCCAGGCAGGCACCAUGAUGGGGUCACCGUGGAUGGUAAUCUCCUCCGGGUUGACAACAGUGAACUUGAGCUAGAGGAGGACGAGGAGGAGGAGGAGGAAGCAGAAAGGCAGGGAGUGAUAAGAAAACGUCGUAGGUGUGUUUCAAGGUCUCAUAGAUGUUCUGCGCUGCGCUGUGUAGAACGCGAUCACACGGCUCGACCUGAUAUGGAAGCGGGUGGUGAUAAUGAGCAGCACCACAGACACAUUCGAGACUCCUGUGGGUACUGGGACUCAGACUCCAGCAGCUCAACAGACUACUGUUACUACCACCGUCCAUACUGUGACUCCUGCCUGCAGCGGGGCUCGCUCCUGUCCUCCUCCUCAGACUCCUCCGACAGCGAGUACGAAGGCUUCGCCAGCCUCUACCGCUCCCCACGCCCAGUGGUGUUCAAAGAAGACCUCAAACCCACCUUUGUAUGAACACACAUUUACUGCACUUUACGGGUUCAUCCAUUUCCACCACUUGAAUUCAUGUCCUAAAAACAUGAAUAUUAGCUUUGAGUAUAGACAAAUUUCAGUCUGCAUAAAGCUAAUGUGCAUCUGUUAUGGGAGAUACUUUGACUGUAGCUUUCAAUAGGAAUGUGUUUUGCAUUCUGUAUGAAGAGAGGGCUGAUAUUCUUGAAUCUUGCAUCGUGGGACAGAGAGUAUUAGAUUCAUGAAAUCUUUUUGUAGCUCAAAAGCACACAAUGUUGUUUACUUUUAUUAUUACUUAUGGCUUUAUUUGUACAUUUCUGCUGUCAGAUGAAAACUCUUCCAAACAUGUCUGACAUUUAGAGUAAAAAAUAAAAAAGCCCGGAAAGCAAAAUUAAAGGUUUUCGCAGAACAGUUGAAAUUUGCACUAUACAAGCUAUUAUGCAGAUGCUAUAUUUAUUUUGAUAUUUAUUAGUAGAUGUUUUGGUAGACAUAUUUCCUAUCUGUCUCCUUUUUACUGUUUUACAUUGUCAUACAUGUUACUUAAAAUGUUGCUAUGCCUUUUUAUUACAUCGUCUGCAUUUUGUUGUUUGAGUUUUGCUGUAAUUUUCAAAUGACCUACAUUGUCUACACAAUGCUCUACAUUUAUCGUCACAUGCCUCCCAUCUAUAGCUGGUUUGUGAGGCACUACACCCUGUCAGAGCAACUGGUGAAAACAGGUCACUGCUAUGACUUUUAUACACUUGAUUGCUUUCUCAGUAUUAUUUUUCCCUAUUCAUUCAGAGCAUUUAAUGUGCAAAGGUCACAGUUGUCUGAAGUAUAUGUUUCGUGUGUGUGUGUGUGUGUGAGAAAGAGAGAGAGAGAGAGAGAGAGAGAGAGAAUGCCCUGCUGAUCUUUACAUCAUUUUUUUUCAAAAGAAAAAAACUCCAUAUCACUUCUUGUUCAUUCUGCCCCUGUUAAGCCCCACUUUCUCACAUUCCCCCAGCACAUCUUACCCGGAGAGCAGGAAUAAUACCCAGCCCCAGGUUUGUUGUGUGUCAGCUUUUUUUAAGAUUUAGAUAUACAGCAUGUAGACCCUUCUGUAAGACAGAGCCACCAUGUCAGUUUCCACUUGUACUUUAGUGGUGGUGAUUAAUACCAUACUAAUUUGUAAUUGACCAAGUUACCACCAAGUAAGUGCCCCACAGACAACCCAAGACUUCUGGGGCACCUCACCACUUUGCCCGACUCGUAAUCUAGCCUUGACUUCAUGUUAAUUGCAAUACUAAACUUGACGUUUAUUUACCUUUAUUAUUUCCCAGGGUUAGAAUAUUUGCCAGCCUCUGUGUCAUGUGACUUUAAUCAGAACCUAAACACUUCCUCAAGACAGAUAGUGGAGUUUUUAUGAUAUCUCUGCAACACAGACAAAAACAGAACAGUAUCUCCCCACCCUCUUAUUUUAAAUUUCUCUUUCCUGACUUGCCCUUUUCUCUCUCUCUCUCUCUCUCUCUCUCUCUCUCUCUCUCUCUUUCUCUCUAUCUCACUCCCUCCCACUAUCUCCUCAGUAUUUUUUUCUUCCUCUAAUGGGAAAAUGUGUGUUUGCCGGGGGAGGUGUUGCUAUGAAGGGAAAACAGCGUCUUGUGUUACUUCUGCUCAGCUGCCUGUUUUUGAGACGCGGCUGCUCUCUAUUCCGCAUAUAAACCAUUGAAGGGCAGCCUGGGAGAAAUUCCCUUUGAUAUUGAGCAUAACAGAUUAUAAAUAAACCACACAAAAGACUGACUACCAGCAUCAUGACUGAGAUUAAGAUGAGGAAAACUGGCACAUGAUGAAUUGUGGAAUAAAAAUAGUUGUCAAUCAAUCACA